UUUAAGAAUAAUAAAAAAACACCGUCAAUACAUUCAAAAUGUGUAUAGAAUUUAUUAUAUUGGCAAUUGUAGCAGUUAUUUUAUUUUAUCGUUGGGCUACAACAAAUGAUGGCUAUUUUAAAAAACGCAAUUUACCCUUUGACAAGCCCAUAUUUUUAUUGGGUAGCGGUAAGGAUAUAAUAUUCGGCAAGAAAUCAGUUUUACAAACAUUAUGUGAAUUCUACAAUAAAGAAGAUGACAUCGUCUAUGGUGUUUUCGAUGGUCGUCAACCAGUAUAUCUAGUACGAGAUCCACAACUAGUGAAGAAUGUUAUGAUAAAAGAUUUUGAUCAUUUCGUAAAUCGUCGUAAUUUCAUAGAUACCGGAGGUAGUGGCAAUUUAAUUACAUACUCAUUAUUUUUCUUGCAAAACGAAACAUGGCGUGAUAUGCGCAACACUUUAAGUCCAGCAUUUACCGGCAGUAAAAUGCGACAAAUGUUUAAACUUAUUGUCUCUGAAAUAGAAGAGUCCAUGAAAUAUCUCAACGAUGAAAUACACAAUAAUGGUUCGAAAGAAAAUGGUUUAGAGUUGGAUGUUAAAGAUUUUACUUCUCGUUUAACGGUCGAUAUAAUAGCAUCUACAGCAUUUGGUUUGAAAGCCAAUUCGUUUAAAAAUAAGAACAAUGAAUUCUAUACUAAAGCUCAAAAAACAAUUAAGUUUACAGCACUGCAGCAAAUUAAAUUAAUGGUUAUUGAUUUAUUUCCUCGAGUGGCGAGGAUAUUUAAACUAGCUUUGUUUAACAAGGAUUUUGUAGAUUAUUUCAAGCGUUUGGUUUUAGAUGCUAUGAAAUAUCGUGUUGAAAACAAUAUUCAACGUCCCGAUAUGAUUAAUCUUUUAAUGGAAGCUAGAGGCAUGAUACCAACUGAUAGCCCAAAAACUCAUUUUCGUGAAUGGAGUGAUGUUGAAGUAGUAGCACAAUGUUUCCUGUUCUUUUUUGCCGGUAUGGAACCAUCAUCGGCUAUUAUGAGUUUUAGUGUACACGAGCUUAUGGAACAUGCCGAAGUACAGGAAAAACUUUACCAAGAAAUACUUCAAUAUAGUGAAGAUUCGGAAAAUGAAUCCGUUACGUAUGAUGCUUUGAAAAGAAUGCCUUAUAUGGAUAAAGUUGUGUCUGAAAUGUUGCGCAAAUGGCCGGUUACCUUAGUAACGGAUCGUGUAUGUAAUAAAGACUACAUCUACGAAUCGAAUAAUAAGAGGCUUGAAAUUAAAAAGGGUGAAAUACUACGUAUACCAAUGUGUGCCAUACAUAGAGAUCCCAAAUAUUAUUCUGAACCAGAUAUUAUAGAUCCUGAACGAUUUAGUGCUGAAAAUAAAACGAAAAUAGAAGAUUGUGCAUAUUUACCAUUUGGUUUGGGUCCCAGAAUAUGCAUAGCUAAUCGUUUCGCUAUAAUGGAGAUUAAGGCUUUUAUUUUCUAUUUAUUACGAGAUUACCGUUUGGAGGCAUCAACGAAAACAAUGAGACCUUUAGAAUUAAAAAAAUCCGGUUUACAACUUGUACCGGAAAAGGGUUUUUGGAUACAAGUUGUACCACGCAAAUAA